CCUCCUUUGUCUCCCUCCCUCGUCUUCCUCACCAAUGAAACCCUAAUUUUUCUCUCCUAUCGAAAAACAUUGAAAACACCUUUUUCCUCUCCUUCUCCGAAAAAGCACAGAAUCAUCACAAAUAUACAUGAAGUUACUCUUCAGAUUUCACCUUUCGAUGCUUCAUCUUCUCUUACAAUCUCAAAAAUGACAAAACAAAACUUCACCACUAUCCCCGUCGCCCCUCUCCCUGUCCCCACCGCAUGCGGCAACUGCGGCGUCGAGGAACGGUGUUUUCUCCACCACGUCCGUCACCGAGGAAUAUUCCGGCGACUUUGCACUAACUGUGUCCUCAGACUCAACACUCAAUCAUUUUGCCCUACUUGCUUGCUCGUUUACGACCCUUCCCCUCCCCCUUCCUCUUCCUCAAACGGCCUCGUUUCAUGCCAAAAAUGCUAUUCACUCUCUCACAACUCCUGCGUGGGCCUCAACCCUCCUCACCCUUACGUUUGUCCCCUUUGUGUUAACCCUAAUUCCCCUGUUUUUACCCUCAAAAAGGGAAACGAUGUUGUCGGUGUGGUUAACGAGGAUGCUAUGGUUAUUGAUAAGCAGGCAGCUAGGGUUUUGUUAACGGCCGCGAGGAUCGCCGCCGGGACUAUGAAUAAAGCUGCUGUGGCUGCUAAGGUGGAGGCGGAGAGGAGGGCGAAGGACGCGGCGUUUACUAGGAAACGAGCUAGGGAAGCUUUAGAUCAUGUUGCUUACCUUGAUGCUAGGGAUAAAAUGAAGAAGAAGGAUGUUGUAUUGCGGUUGCCUUCGAAUGUGAACAACAGAGGCAGUAGUAAUAAUAAUCAAUGCCUUAGUAUGGUUGUAGCUGCUGUGCCAUUGGAGGAGGUGAAUAAUGUCCUGAAUGCGAAUGCCGCAGAUAGGUUGGAUGGUUCUUCUGAAGUUUUAGUAGCUUUGAAUGCUGUGGACUUGAAAGGGCAGAAUCCAGUCCCAGGGUUGCCUAAUGGGUCUGCAAUGGAUGUGGAGAUGAACAGGGGUGCAAUGGUGACCCCUACUAUAUCUGCUAUUAAUCAUAGCGCUGCUACUGGAGCUGAGGAGGACAAAUCUGGGGAACUGGACUGUUCGAAUGGCCAAAGAGAGAUGGUAAAUGUGACCGAACAGGAUCAAGAUCAGCAUAUGGUAAAUCCCAAUGCUGGGAAUCGAAUGGUAGUAUCUCGCGUCAAUAAUUUGUAGCAUGAAUAAUGGUAAUAUCAAGGUCACAUGCUCACAAAAAUACUAGUGAUCUGGGCAUUCAAUCGAUCUGAAUGUGAAGACUGGGCCAUGGUGGGUGUGGGUUGUUUUGGUUAGACUAAGGAUAAUAUUCCGUACAGUAUUUUCUUGUGUAGAGAGAUGUUCUUUGUACGUUUAUCUAAUGAAAGGUCAGUUCUGCGUUAAUGCGUCCCUAAAUCUGCUCAGGCUUGUUUUGUUAGUUUGGAGAUACUUCGCUUCAUGCUUUCUUACAUUAUUUUACUGGCAUUAAUCAAUUUGUUCUUAUGCUACCUUUGAGCUUGCUACUAUUGUACUUCAAUUGCAGCAAAGUUGCAAAGCA